CAAGCAGUCGAAGUCGCCAGCUUUCCAGUGCUGCAGCUAAAAGCACGGACUCUCAUUCCCUCGGCGCCCCCGUCGAGUUCGAGAGUCUGGAGUUGCUGAAAAUGCAGCCGCACUACUUGCGGCUGCUGGAUCGUCCGGUACUCAUUGUGGAGUCGUUGCUUAUGAAUUCGCGCACUGAUCUCCUUCGCGAGUUCCUAGAUAGUUUUCCGCAGUACCGAGUCGACUCCCUCAUUCUCGGCUACGCGCGGAAGGCACUCAGCCUCAGCGCGUCGACUAGUAGUUGUCAUUCCAGGAUGAACGCAGCACCAGAACAGCAAGGUUCGAAGAGAAAAGAAGCAGCGCAAGGACUAGAUGAUCAUCGCGACAACCGCCCAUUUGCGAUGGAAACACGGGAUGAAAACAAGCGAAGCGAGAACCUCCGAGAUUAUCAGCAGUUUGAAGGAGUGCGGAAGCAAUGGACAGCGGAAACGGGCUUGGGUGGACCUUGGUGUCUGACGGGCGACCCCGGUCUUGACGACGCGUUGCGUGCGUCUCACGUUUACGAACGAGCUCCGAGCAUUGAGCUCGCGGAGAGCUUGCUUGAUCUUCUGUCAGAUGAAAGUCUAGAAAACGCUGGACUCUGCUUCCAGCUUUGCGACGAGCUGUCGCUACGGUGGCAGGCACUCAUGCCGCAUUACUGCCGCAUGAGGGUACAAUGUUCAUCUUCUCCAUCGAAGAAAGGGAAUGGCUACGAAAUAAUGCAUUGGACUACAGCUGCUGACGAGAAUUCUAAUUCUUCUACUGUCUGUGGGGGUAGUGAACUCGACCCAGAAGAGGACUCGUGGUCCGAAGCGUCGGAGUUUCCGCCACCGGAGGAGUUGUCCGGAACGAGCUGUGAGGGAGAGCAGGACCAUCUUCUUCGAACCUCGGUCAAUUCGCCGCCGACGGAAGUACUAGAUGAUGUGAGCAGUCGUGGUCCACGCAACGUCGGCCUGGUUUCGAAGGGGAGCAGAAGGCCGGUGGUUGAUGGACAUGGAGGAACUUUGAUGACAUUGCAGCCGCCCCGCCAUCCGGGGACAGGCGGUGCCGAAACGGACGAGAGACGCACGGCCAAUGACCGACCACAGCCUGGAGUGAACAGUACUAGAUCUGCAGCGCAUAAUCUGUCCUGUAGUACGUAGUGAGGUCACUGCACGGCUCUAACCUGGUAGCUUUCUUCCCAUGAACCGCCAAAAACUGCCGGCAUUUUCAGGCCCUAAAAAUAAAGCGCAUUUCAAUUUGAAUUUGAGCGGGGUAACAAAUUCUGACGAGUUGUGGCCGUCCCACUAUUCACCCGCCCGGCCGGGUGGGUGACUAGUGGGACGGAACCAGGAGCCUGACCAGCUGGCCGGAUCUUGCUUGUCGCCGUAUUCGUGGUCAGGAUCCUGGUUCCGUCCCACGAAAAAGAUAAAAAUAUCAGGAGCGCCAUCUUGUUUCUUUGGCUUUGCCGUCAACGAGAAGUCGCGGCGUGAGACUAUGCUAUCGCGCACCAACCGAAAGAAGGACGAUGGCGAGCCAGCAAAGGCGGCAUCCUUCUGACGCGCCCGCCAUGUGAGAUUCUAGCGAUUUGGGGCGCCCAAAAGGGCACCCCCCCCCCCAGAAAAAGGGCCCAAAACCAGAACAGCCAAAUCGCAUGGCGCAGGCGGCGGCGAUUUCGGAGCAUUUGGGCGAUCGUGAAAGCGGCCGCCGUUUCGCCAGUUUCUUCCUCUGGGAAGCUCUUGAUCUUGAACUAGUGCAGCCGCGAAAAAUGAAUAAGUAAAACGCAAAAAAGAAAAAGCGCGCCAGACGCGCGAAGCCAGUCCGCAUGUCUUGGGGCCGAUUUUCCCACUUCUAUACUCUUCGCUUUUUGGGUGCCCCCUGCGGCUCCCGGAUCGGCCUCAUAGCACGGAGGCUGGAUUCGGAAUCCAUAGGACGGAGGCUGGAUUGGAUCGAUUUUUCGAAAAUUGGCAAAGCUUCUUUCUGGAAUUUCCACAAAGAACAAGCUUUGCCAAUUUUCUAAAAAUCUGCGACGCUUUUGAAGUUACCGCGGUGUCGUGUAGCGUAACGCUGCCCACGAAGGCACACAAGCCUGCACACCAGAGCAGGCGUGCGGCUGGCCCGCGGCCGCCAGGGCGGAGGGAGGCAAGAAAGCGCCACCGACCUCACUACCUCCGCCACGGCGGCUAUGUUUGGCACUAGUACAACUACGGAGGCCGCUCUGGCUUCAGUCUCGAUCGUCAGCCUGCUACUGAGGCGGCUGCUGGACUACUUGGGAAAGAAAUUUCGGGCGCACGCCAAAUUCGUGUCGAUGGUGACGCGUUGCCGUCACAGUUUAUUAUCCUUUUUACCAAAGUUCUGGCAGAGGCAGAGCUGCAGUUCGAUCCAGACCACCAUUGGGCUAAAGGCCUUGUGUGAGAAGCCGGAUCAAAUCCGGGACCAGCUGAUUCGGGACGACCAGCUGGACCUGGCUCUUGAGCUCUGUGAGCGCUGCAAUUUCGCAGCGACGUCCAUCGUUACCGAACAACAACGUGAAGGGGAACAAGUGGCGUCUUUGGGGGAACUAAAGCUUGAUCAGCAUUCACCGGGGACGAUUGUCCGCUACGGCGCCCUGCAGGCAACGACCGCAGCCGGCGAGGGAGCGGCAGAUGUGCCGGGGGCGGAACAGCAGCAGCUUAGUGCUUCGGCAAUAUCCGAGGCCGCGGCAUGUGGUAAGGUUUUGACGCGUUCACGUUCACCAGCUGGCGGUGGCGCUACCUUGUUACAUGCUGGACCCCGAGAGUAUGGCGUUCUCAAAUGUUAUACAUUCUCAACUGUUACAUGAUUUGUCAUGCAAAAUUGACUGUUGAUUUGUCAUACAUUCUCAACUUUCCAAAAGAGCGGGGGUUGAGUUGACUGCAGGGGCACAACUGCAGCCGCAGUGCUUUUAUAGAGUAAUCUUCUCGGAGAACUGCUUGGCGUUGCUUGAUCCGUUCAGCAUGAGCACUAAGCUGCUACGGAGUGCGUGCCAGUCCAGUAUCUUGACAGAUAUGGCCUUCCUUGGCUUCUCCCCGGGGCAGUCUACCCGGUUAAGGUUUUGGGAUCCGGCGAGCAAGGGGGGAGGCACGGCGACAGGGAAGACCUGAAGGAGCAAGCUCGGGCUGGCGUUGCUCUUGUGCAGGCCCUAGCCGACGGGGCGGCUAAAAGAAUAUCGCAUCGAAGCGAUCUUAGAGCUGUGGGCUUUGUCAGGGGUCGCACUUUGGGGCGGGGCAGGAUGCCAGUGGGAUUGCCCGUCUAUGAGGUCCGGGCGUCCUCGGAUUUAUUAUAGGCGACGUUUUGCGUUGAGAGAAACACGGGGAAAGUGUUCGCACAAUGCAAAACGAAGAUGGAACGCCUGAGGGUAGAAGUUCGCCGACAAGAGCGGAGAUUUCUGGCUUAUGUUAGAAGCGCGCUCACGCUGCUGCAACUUGUCACGCAACACAGCCACGGGGUUCGGAGAGUAGAUGCCGAGCUCUCUGACUUCAAGAGGCUACAGGCGAAUGCCCGUGGUCCACUCAGGCAGGGUCGCGGCAUAGUGCUAAGCCUGGUAGAAGCACUAGAAGGGGCGCAGGCCCUGGGAUACGAAGUUCGCAGAGAAGUACUUCCGAACCACCAGCAGGAUUCAUUUCCUGCCAGUUGAUUUAUCACUCCCGACGCACACGGUUCCGCUGCGGAUAGUCAAUGUAGCACAGCGUGACAGCCGCUACACAGCGUGGCCCUCAGGCGUCCGGGCCCGGGCCAUCUCAGCCAGUAAAAUUUUGGCAAUAUUCCGGCAAUUUUUUAAAGCGUGCAGGGGUAUCGCCAGUCGUCCGGCCAUACGUAGGCCGGGUCCUUCGGCCGUGCCGGUUUUGCCUCCCGGCCGGUGUCUUUCGUAGUUUCUGCCCGUGCUGGUGGGCGCCUUGGCCUUGGCCAGUUGUUUUCGGGUUGUUCGAUGUUGGGCUUCAUAUCCUUCGGGAUUUGGUGGCGUGAGAUGUGAUGUGCCGGCUGUUAGGGUUUUGCGCUUUGUGAUUGAGGAUUCUCUCAAGCCCAGACGCGCAAGCUCUGCAUUGGUGUCGUCUCGUCGUGUUAUUCUGUCGGACCUUUCCUGAGAGGCCCGACAGAAAGAAUUGCAUGGCGAGAUGAUUCGUCGUCAUAUUCGUUUUACUCAACACAGCUCAUGAUUGGCGUGAAUUGCAGUAGGAGUUGCAACGCAUGCUGCAAUUCAUGCUGCAAUUUAUGCUGCAAUUAGUGUCCCGACCAUUUUUGAAAAGCUGCAAUUGACGCUGCAAUUGGCCGUGCAAUUUUCGUGCAAUUUCAGGUCCGGGUUCGAAAACAAAGCAAAUGGCUUGGUUUUCGUACCCCCCCUGAAAUUGCAGCUUUUUUGCACACCCAAUUGCAGCAUCAAUUGCAGCUUUUCGAAAGUGGUUCGGGACGGUAAUUGCGCACUUUUUGCACACUGAAUUGCACACUUUUUGCACACUUUUUGCACACUCUCGGGGAAUAUUCUCAAAAGCUGGGGGGCGAAAUGCAUGGCGCAUGUGGCGCGCCCACACCUGCUUCCUGAGCUUUCAAAGUGUGCAGCCCAUAGGUGGGUGGGGAAGUGCGCACAGGGUGGUGAUGUCGCGCAGCCCCCGACCACCCCCCGCCGGUCUUGCUUCCGGGGUUGUCUGCAAAGAAGCCUCCACCCGAGGCGCAAGGUAGGCCCGGGCGCAAGGCGGUGCGACGAGGACCGGGCCUACAGUUUCCUGGUUGUUUCACCGAGGGGGGGCGACCCAGCUUUGCGUCGGGGUUUCGUCACGGGCGGCCCGGAGGCCGAUUUUCAUUUCUCCUUGCCUCAUUGCCAUCUUCUGCUUUUUACGCCUUCCACCCUCACUUUCAUUUUUCAAAAUUGCCGAAAAAUUGCCGGGGAAUUAGCGCGUUAGGUGGCCCGGGUCCGGACGCCUGAUGGCCCGCCCAUGAGUUCGGCGCGGACACUUAUAAGCUCCCCCCGGUCCGUGAUUGGCCGAAGAUGAACCGCACGAGGCGCGCGCUGUAUCUGGAUGAGUGCCUAGGGUUGUCGAAAGGGCAGGAAGCAAAGCAGGACGAAGGAAGUGCUGAAGUACUGGGCGCCCCCUCGCGAGAUGAGGGCAAAGGGGGGGAAGUCGCGGACCAUGCAGGUUCGGACAGGCAAGGCGCGGGCUCGGGUGUGGACAGCCAGACAGACCCGAAGGUGGGUCGCGGGUCCGCAGUUGCCGACCCAUUGCGCAAGUUCCACAUGGGGGCCGACUGCCUCGCGUUAUCCCGAGUCAUCGGUAAGGAUUUGGUGAAAUUAAACAGACACGACGCUGCAGCCCAAGCGUCGUUUGGGCGGACCUGUAGAGGGGGUGAUGCUGCGGGCGCUCCCCAGAUAGAGCAUGUGGCUUCCUCGUCCUCGUCUAUAGCGCACAAGAGGCGCGACCAACUUACGAGAAGGAAGCGCGCAAGAUUUCAGGUGAGGGGCCCAACGGGCACAAGGGACAGCUCGAACGAGUUGGCAUGGGGGGGCUUUAGCGCAAGUGCCGACGGAGACCAGGAGAGGGGGGGAAGCACUAGCAGCGAAGCUCAGGCGUUGUCUCCGGAUCAAAUUGCCCAGCACCCAAGCCGAAAGAAGCGUCUGGAGGGGUGUCACCCGCCUCGGCGGCCCCCUGAUGGUCAGGGGCGGAGGGCUGAUGCAUCAGUGAGCGGGGGCGUCACUGCAUUAGGGGGCGAAGGGCAGGCAGUUAGCGCCCAGCACGUUGAUCCCUGCAGCGAGCAGGGAAGCCAUGAGCGGGACACCCAGCGGGGAGUCGCUAAAGCGGCGCCUCCUCUCGCAAAGGAGUCCGGCACGGGGCAGCUGCCAGCGCAACCGAAAGGGCAAAAGAACAUGGGGGAGGUGGCUAUGGUCGAGCAGAAGCGCGACUGACUCUGUAGAAUCGGCAAACAAGCAGGCUAAACCUUUUGGCGAGCUCUCCGGGGUAGAGAUGGGAAAGUUCCAGAGACUACUGGAUGUUGUCCAUCUGAUGGGGCCAGCCCGCGGCGGGGAUCAUCAAGAAACGAGGGGGGAUAGGCUGGAGUGCGAACAGCUUCCACCCAGGAGCCGGGGCGAGAUGUUGCGAAGAGUUACAGGCAGGAAGAGGGAGGGUUUCGAGUAGAGUACAUAUUCGGCGUCUAGCUGCGUCAGUGCCUGCGCUAGGCAGGAGCAACAUUUUGAACCACUGAAAUCCUACACACUCAGACAGCAAGCCACGUCGAAACGCUCGGACUUUUCUUUUCUUCGUGAGCAGUCACGUCAAAACGCUCAGACUUUUCGUCUCGUCAUGAACAGACCGGAACGGAAGAACGAAAAACAAAAGCAGAAGGGUAACACUAGCGGGCACUCCAGCCCCAGCUCGUUGCUACCUAAGUAGUCGGGUUUGGCAGGCUCAGUCGCGAGACCUUGCGUGCCUUCGGCGGAUGAUUCAGUGCCAGCUGGUCUUCGCGUGUUCUGCAACAAAAGCAAAGUGGUCGGUACGAGAUGGAGCAACGAAUCGCGCGGGGUCAGUGGGUAUGAAGGGGAUUGCCGGCCACCCUUAAUGUAGGCCCUAAAAAAUCCAUCUCUACGCCCAUCUUUUCAAAAUUUGCCCUAUCGGUUUGCCGCCAUUUUGUUGCAUUCCAAUACAGAAAGCCUCUCGAGCAGCUCGACCGCCGAUCCUGGCUGGCCAUAUUGCCUGACAGAUUUUCCGGGUCUUGUUUUUCUUUUUGCAGCUUGGUGGAGGAUUGUGGUAGGAGUUGCGAGGCCAACUAGUCAUGCACAUCUCCGCGACAUGCAGAAACAAGAACAAAACCGGGAGAAUGCAUUCACUCGGCCGAGAAAGAAGCUGAAAAGAUUCAGCCACGCAGAGUGCUCAUCUUUUCAACUUUGCAAGCUAUCAAAUUUUGAAAAGAUGCUCUUUCUGCAUCUUUUCAAAUUUUGAUAAGUGGCUGCUCACUUUCCAAAUUUUGAAAAGAUGCUGAAGGAAACAUCUUUUCAAAAUUUGACAACCCGAACAACGGAAAUAUCAAAUUUUGAAAAGAUGCUCUUUCUGCAUCUUUUCAAAUUUUGAUAAGUGGCUGCUCACUUUCCGAAUUUUGAAAAGAUGCUGAAGGAAACAUCUUUUCAAAUUUUGAUAAGUGGCUGCUCACUUUCCGAAUUUUGAAAAGAUGCUGAAGGAAACAUCUUUUCAAAAUUCGACAACCCGAAAAACGCAAAUAUCAAAUUUUGAAAAGAUGCUCUUUCUGCAUCUUUUCAAAUUUUGAUACGUGGCUGCUCACUUUCCAAAUUUUGACAAGAUGCUGAAGGAGACAUCUUUUCAAAAUUUGACAACCCGAACAACGCUAAUAUCAAAUUUUGAAAAGAUGCUGCUUCUGCAUCUUUUCAAAUUUUGAUAGGUGGCUGCUCACUCUCCAAAUUUUGAAAAGAUGCUGAAGGAGACAUCUUUUCAAAAUUCGACAACCCGAACAACGCAAAUAUCAAAUUUUGAAAGGAUGCUCUUUCUGCAUCUUUUCAAAUUUUGAUACGUGGCUGCUCACUUUCCAAAUUUUGAAAAGAUGCUGAAGGAGACAUCUUUUCAAAAUUUGACAACUCGAACAACGCAAAUAUCAAAUUUUGAAAAGAUGCUUUUUCUGCAUCUUUUCAAAUUUUGAUGAGUGGCUUCUCACUUUCCAAAUUUUGAAAAGAUGCUGAAGGAAACAUCUUUUCAAAAUUUGACAACCCGAACAACGCAAAUAUCAAAUUUUGAAAAGAUGCUCUUUCUGCAUCUUUUCAAAUUUUGAUAGGUGGCUGCUCACUCUCCAAAUUUUGAAAAGAUGUUGAAGGAGACAUCUUUUCAAAAUUUGACAACCCGAACAACGCAAGUAUCAAAUUUUGAAAAGAUGCUCUUUCGGCAUCUUUUCAAAUUUUGAUAGGUGGCUGCACACUUUCCAAAUUUUGAAAAGAUGUUGAAGGAGACAUCUUUUCAAAAUUUGACAACCCGAACGGCGCAAAUAUCAAAUUUUGAAAAGAUGCUCUUUCUGCAUCUUUUCAAAUUUUGAUAGGUGGCUGCUCACUCUCCAAAUUUUGAAAAGAUGCUGAAGGAGACAUCUUUUCAAAAUUUGACAACCUCAACAACGCAAGCACUUGCUUUGUUGAGGUUGUCAAAAUUUGAAAAGAUGUUUCCUUCAGCAUCUUUUCAAAAUUUGACAACCUUUUUGACAACCCCUUCGAUGAGGUUAAAAAAGAGCUCAUUAACUUGAGCUAUUCCCCACGGUAUGGCGGAUUUUGAUAAACCUUUUUGGCAACCCCUUUGAUGAACCUAGACAGAGAAUUGCUGACGAGAGUUCAAGGCUUUAACUUGCGCUCCAGCUGGCGGGUCGCCAGAUGGUAAGCAAAGCCGUGCCUCUGGCGACACCUGUUUGCUUGCCUCUUUUGUGGCUCCGAAGAUUGCGAAGAUGCCCCCUCAGCAAGUUUGCGAAUUUUGAAAGGCACGCAGAAGGGCAGGCUGCUCACCCUUUCCGCGGCUGUCGAAAUUUGAAAAGAUGCGCUGGUAGCAUCUUUUCAAAUUUUGGAAGCCACAGAAGACUGAGCUGGCCUCCCUUUGCGUGGUUUCCCAAAUUUGAAAGGAUGCUCCCUCGGCAUCUUUUCAAAUCCUGAAAACCAGCCAGCUGCCCUCCUCAACUGCGGCAUGUCAAAUUUGAAAAGAUGCCCCUUCAGCAUCUUUUCGAAUCUUGGCAACCUCAGGACAGAAAACGGAUCGGCUCUUCUGCGGCUUCGAAGAUUGAAAAGAUGCUUCUUGAGCAUCUUUUCAAAUUUUGAAAACCACAGACGAGUAAGCCGACCCCGUCUUCUGCGGCUUCAAAAAUUGAAAAGAUGCUCCUUCAGCAUCUUUUCAAAUUUUGAAAAGCACAGAAGAGCAGGCGACCCUCCUCUUUAGCGCCUUUUGAAAUUCGAAGAGAUGUUCCUUCAGCAUCUUUUCAAAUCCUGGAAACCACAGAAGAGUAAACUGCUCGGGUCUCUUGUGGCUUCGUUAUGGAAAAGAUGCUCCAUACAGCCCCGGGCCUCGGGGCAGAAAUAGAACAGCCCGGCUUGGCGCGUUUGCAAAGGCGGACGCGCAGCCGCCAUCGAAGAGGCGCUGCGCGAUAAUCGGCGAGGGCGCCGAGCAAUGAACUGGCCAAAAUUUGAAAAGAUGGGCGAAAAGGUGGAAAUUUUAGGGCCUUCACUUAAGUGGUAAGCUCCGAGACGAUUCCGGUUUACGAUCCCAGUCCCCCCGCCCACCCUUUGCUUCUGUUGCAGAAUAAGUCAAGCUGAGUCACUACGGCCGCCACGCACAAACUAAGCCUUUAAGUUGUCGCUGUGCCCCAGGUGGGUUGCCAGUCAGCAGUGCCAAACAACUGGUCUAUGGUUUGACAACUGUGGCCCGCUCGCUUGCCUUUUUCGUCCGUGCCGCAGGUAAGGCGCAAACGGUCCAGCCUCCCCUGUCCGGGCGGGGUUGCGGCUUAGGGGAGAGUGUCGCCCCUUAACCCAAAGGGGUGCGUCGUCUCUUCCGUGAUAGCAAAAACGUAUGGCGUAAAAUGGGGCGGGUCCUGGAUCAUUCUGUAUGUUGGGCUGUCGCGCCCGGCUUGCUGGCCGGGCUGUACUGAUCAGGUGUGGUGGGUAGCUCCCGACUGGUUGGCACUUUUCUUGGGGCGACUUGCCGUGGUAGCGCUCGGCUUUUGUAUGAUGAGGUCGCCGAAAGUGCUUCCUCGCCCACCCCCCGGGGAGGGGAUCCUUGACCUGUGGCGCUGGGAGCGGGUGUCCACUACAUGAUGAUGAUGAUUCUCAACUGUUGACGAUGACGACAAGCCUGGAUCAACUCCAUUUCCGAUCUGAAGUUGUCAUUAGAAGUUGCGGUUUUAUUUUUGUACCUAUGUAUAUAAAAAAAAAAAAAUUGUCAAUGUCAUGCAAAAUUCCAACCAAAAUCGACACGACGAUCAAGCUGCUCCGCAUGACAAAUCCUCGAAAGGCCAAACAGGCUGAGAAUCUGUGCCAAGUCUGUCAUGCAAGACGCGCAAAGCCAAAGUCAGCCCAGCCCUUCACUUUUGCCAUUCGUGCACCACAGAUUCAUGCGCGUGCAUCACAGAUUCACGACCUGGUGGCCGAAUCAUGUGCGGUAAGGUGUCCUUACGGGUUGUGUAGCGGUUUCGGUCGGCUUAGCAUCACAGAUUCAUGUAACAGUUGAGAAUGCAACAGCUGAGAGCGCCAUAGAGAAGUGGCGCAGGAGAGCAAUUCAGGCGUCGCAAAUAACGUGACGCUAGAGAAGCAGCAGGUGUUGGAUAAGCGGUCCCUCGCAACCUUGGCAGACGCGCGCACGCAGAGCAUGCUGCGCUCGCGUGCCACCCUGUCCGAAAGCAGCUUUGGCAGCCGGAGAAGCAGCUUUUCCACGUUGACGGCAAUUGAUUACAUGCACGUCCACGUUUCGGCGGACCCCGUUCGUGAGGCGAAAGUAGUCACGCUGCUCCUCCUGUAUGAAUUUGGAAAAGCGCACCAGUGCUUUCAGGAGGUUUUUGCAGGAGGGCCGAGCUACAAGAGUGCAGCCAGCAGACAUGGAAAGAUGAACAAAGACGCGCAAGGCCGCGGUAUUGAUACCAGGGGGAACAAGGAUCAUCGGCUGUUCACUGCCGGCAGCGUGCCGCUGUUUUCCACCAAUCAGAAGGGACUCUUUUUACGAAAAGUGGAAUGCGCCGUUCGCUUCCCACCAUUGUUCCACCUCAUGGGCCUACAGCAAGCGCUGUCUAACUUUACGGUGAACCACCUUCAGCGAAAGCUUUACCACUCAACCAGUCCUCUCGCGCCCUUUCCGCUCUUUGUGUUUCCGGAGGUCGCACGCGUGGCGCAAUCCCGCAAUACGACGCUUCUCCGGAAGCACCGGGUGGCGCAACUCUUCGGCGAGUACCUCCCCCAGCAUAGCUUCUUCCAGAACACCAAGGCCGACCAGAAAACCCGCAUUGUCUCCACCAUUAUUCCCUGUGGCGGCGGCCCACCGGACCCCCGAGUGCGCCCCACACUGCGCAGCGAGCCGAUGCAACCCACGGACGCCUUAGCCUUCUCAGCAGUUGUGCUCUCUUCAGCCUCCGCCGCCUCACGGCGUUUCGGUCUUCUAUCGAACAGACUUCCAGCCUCCUACGAGCAGAGGCCGUUCUUCGCGGGUGUUGGAACCCCGCCCGAGCCGGGAGGUGGACCGCCACCGAGGUCCUCCUCUUUUCUCGUCCAAGAUCGUUCGACGUUUUCAAUACUGACCAGUAGCAGCAAUUUGUACGGUUCCUACGUCUCCUCCGUUUCGGAGUGCAUGUCUCCACAUUCUGAAGAAGCAGCUGGAGCUGGACUGCAAAUGAGCGGGACUGAUGCAGUCAGGGCGAUUUCGUCAGAGGAUCCGCGUUUUUUCAAUGCGAUUUGCUGUCUUUACCCCGCGAUCCACCGCACAACGCUGACAGCCUGGUGCGCCACGAGCGUGUUGUUGAAGGCAACAUUGGCAGAGGAGUAUGCGCAGCGGCGGCAAAGACGCGAGCAGCGGCAACAGCGGCGGCAAUCCCGGCUACUGGCACGGCGUCAGCGUGCAGAACAGAUGGCGCGAGCGGAGCAGCUUCGCCACUUCGAGGCUGUUGGAGAAUGUCAGCUAGCACCUCGGGCGGAUAUCCUCUACAAAAGUAUCGCUCUCGUUCCCAUUGCAUUUGCAAUGCUGCGCGAGUACAGUUGUUGCUUCUUCGUUUUCAUCGCUAAAUAGCAUCAGAUUGCAUACUUUUUUUUAUUUUUUCUGGAAAAAAUUAAAAUUGAAUUUCAAAUUCAAAUAGAUAAUGCACCAGAAAUUUGAUUUUGUACUGGGGAUGCGAUACUCAUACUUUUGCAAUGCAUACCGGACUACGUCGCUGAUGGUGCACCCCCAUCGCAAUUCCUGAAUGGCGCUCUCCUUCCAGAGGCGGGAGUAUCGAAUGGAAAUGGUGCAUCUUCAUCUUCCUGCGAAAAGCAUCAGGGUCAUGGACAAACGCUACAACAGCAACACCAUAGGCCUGUCGCCGGCGGUGUCAUCAAGAUCAAGUCCGCCGUGAGUAUAACAUCAAGAGGAAAUGAGGUCGGUGAAGAUUGCGGAAAGGAGCGCACAGAGAAUAGGGAUCUUGUCGGGCGCAGAGAAGGAGACUUGUUGGAUUUUGCGUCCUCCGCUCAUGCGCAGAAAGGAAAUCAAAAUUCAGAUUCUCUCCCUUUGGCUUUGGCGAAAGUCGUGCUUCAAAACAAAGAAAAAGUGUGCACUAGAAGUGCUAAUGAGCGCGAGCCGCAUUGCAAUAUUAAACAGGAUGCCUUUAUUACUUCGCCAAGAACCUGCCAGGGUCUUGGUCAUGCACCAGCUGGGUCGGACUCGGACGUGGACGGGUUCAGUCAAGCGGCAAGAGGCAUUCCAAAUGGUCUGGUCCAAACAUUGGAGACGGCACCAAGAUACAGUGAACACCGUUCGACAGACGCGCUUGAUGUAGUUCCGACGCGGAAUCGAGGACGUGGCGGACCAAGCGUUAUGCAAAACGUAAGUCUCGUGGAUGCUACUUUCGGUGGCCGGGAUCAGGUCGCGGAGGUUGAAACCCAAGACGAACAAGCCAUCGACAGUGACUACUCGGACUCAUCUUCCGAAACAGAUGCUGAUGAAGAGCAGAACGAAUUCUACUACGAGCUUGGGAUUGCACCCCCGCUCUGUGCCGUACCGGGCGUUAAAGCGAGCCAAACCGCGCAUCUUGGUUUUGCAGCAGGCAACGCGAACAAGAGCCUUGGGCGGGCCAGCGGGGUCUUGCACGCGGGUCCAGCCCACAUGCCACUAUCAGUUUUGGGAUCAAGUAAAGGUUUAACCUUAGCAUCCGACUCCGGUACUGUAGCUCGAACCAAUUUAAGUGCAUCUUCUUCGCCCACUUCCGCUGCAGCAUUCGUGCUGCACCCUGGUAGUGCAACAGCCUCACAAAUGCUUGGCACUCCUGCUUCGUCUACAUCUCAGCUCUCUUCGUCUAGAGGAGUUGCUCAACUCGAAAUGCACAAUCCUCGGGAGCUAGGUCGGGCCGUCAUCGCAACCGGAUCCGCUCUGGUGCGGGACGCUAUUGAUCAAACAGCAACAAUGUUCAUUUCCGGUAGUGCUGCGCUGCCGCAUUCGAUUCCAGAGCGGUUUUUCUUGAAUGAUCAGCAUGGGAUCGAUGCUUUUGGCGCAGGAUCGCUUCAUGAACCCUCCGCGUCUCGUCACCUCACUGCAGUUCAAAGAAGUGCCACAAAUCUUUUUACGGACGAUCAUCCCCAGCACGCUAUCGGUAGCAAUGCAGCAGCAGCUGAUGUUGCUGUUUCAAUAAAUCAAAAUCCAACCCUUGUCGUACAAGAACAAGAAGAACGUGAGGGCCGCGGAAGUUCUGAUCCGCUUGGAGAAAAUUUUCUGGACACCGAACCUAGCUUCGAGUACGUGUCUCUAAAAACACCGUCGAGGCGCAGCACAAUCACCGGACGAACUACUGGCACGUUUUGUCGGAGCCGACCAAUCUUGGAAAACAACAUCUUGACACCGCGGGGUGGAUCUCUACUUUCUUUAUCAACCUUGCAGCAGCACCAUGUAGGAGGCUCAGCGCAUGCGCAGACGCAGCAACACCAGGCGGCGGCGCUGCUGGGUGCAGAGCAUUUUCCUUUUCGUGGGGACCCACCGCAUCGUCAUCCUGUACCUCCUGGUAGCAAUCUUUUUAGAAGUGCGGCUGCGGCAUCUGCAACUCCAUCUGCAGCCAGCAACGCACUUCGUGGCGACCAGAUCUUUAAUUUUUCGCAAGCUCCUCCUGGUUCUUUGGGUUCUUUGGCCGACCAAGUACUCUCCACUGCAAAAUUGUCUAGGUCUGGAACGGUGGAGCGUGUCAUCCUUGUAUUGCAUGACGAGCAGAAUAAACACAUCUUCAUCUUGAUCUUUCUUUGUGAGGAAAUAAAUACGCAGUUUGUACGGCGUACUACUCGAUGAGUACGGGUACGAGACGGGGUGGUCUUCAAAAUUGAUUGUCAUGCUUGGCUCCGCCUGGAACUCGAACUGGUACUGGAUGUGCGUCGUGUGAUUUUGAUUAAUUCUGAUUCAGGCAUCCAUACUUGAGCAUCACAAGUCUCCAGACCCAGACAUAUUUACAAUCCAUACCAACUUUUCGGUGGAAAUUCUUCGAGCAGCGCGAGUGCAGGAAUGACGGAUCGGUCUCAACUAUCGGGAGAGACGUUGGCGUGCGUGGAAGUAGAGUCGCUUCAACAGCAGCAGGAGCAGCUCCCCCUUGCCGAUCAAAUACUGCACUACUCUCGUCGCGGAAAGAGGAAGACCACAAGCAAGUCGACCCACAGUUACGAGGCGCAGAUGCAGCGAGCGCUGCAGGAGCAGCAGCUUGUAGUGUCGACCUUCGCGCGGGCUGGAAUGACGAUCGACGCCAGCCGGCUAUGCGUGGGCUGUUUUCCGUCUAAGUUCGGUAAGGUUGCCCUAUUCUCGCAAAGCAGCCUGUGGCCCGACCGCGAUUUUCACCACAUGCGAGGCAGCCCAGCGGGGCUGCCGUUCGCGGUGCCGCGGUUGGUAUCGCUUCCCUUUCUCACGACGGCGGCGAAGGAGCGCAUGCUGCCACGGCAGGGGUUUCGCUUCUUACUGCUUCUGCAUGAGUCGUACCGAUUGAGUCUUUUGCCGCUGCUAGUGCGGGAGAACCGGCUUGUGGCCACCUGCUACUACGUCGUCGAGAAUCGCAUUUCGUGCCAGCUCUUCGUGGAAAUUCUCGGUCAGCACUGCCUGCAGACAAACCAGCUCUCGCAGCUGCUAAACUUUUUCCUACGGUCAGGUGCCGGAGAAGAGCACGAUGAGGCCGUGGAGGAUACCAGAAAUUUGUUGAACGAGUGCGCCGACUACGCCCGUUCGCAGUCGAGAAAGGCAUCGGUCCAGCUAAAUAAACAAACUCGGCAGAAUAUGAAUUCAUCGAAUACAACCGAUGCACGCUCGCGCCUACCGGCCGCCACUUUGACAAAUAGUAGCGCUGUACGCGGCGCACGCGCAGCUGGUGCGGGUACGUGUGCAUCAGCUUCACGUUUAAGUAUACAAUCGUCCGGAGGCAAAAAAGCAGUAGCUUGUUCAGCUUCGAAAUCUACGACAGGCACAGGAGCUCGUUGUUUGGCCCACCAUGCAAUUAUUAGCGGCGCGACGAGGACCCCGAGUUCCGGGUCUCUCCCUCGCAAUGAGGUCGCGCUAUACUUGGACGAAUUGAAGGAAUUCUUGCGGGAACGGCGCGCACUGGAUUUACUAUACAAGUACUGUUAUGCAAAUGCAAGACAGGAGAAGUAUUGUGCUGUACAAGAAGGACAGCUAUGCAUCAAAUGGAAAUGCUUUAAUAUGCUUGUGCUAAAAGAAGGACAAAACAAACCCGAGUACGUGUACUAGCAAAGAGCGGCCGACCGUACUAGGUUUUGGUUUUCCUUGCCAGAACGUCGACCGCGAGGACCGCCUGAACAACACACAGAAAAAAUGAAAGGAAAGAAAACGAGCCAGUACCACCAGCUAGCACCGAAGUUUCUCUUUCUCGGUGUGUGUGAAUAUAGUACAAAGAUGAGUUAGAAAUGAAAUACUAAAACUUCAAAAAAGCGGAGCAGAGCAAGACUCUUUCACUGUGCGUAUGGAGCAAGCCAACGCUCUCGAGGUCCGCGGGCCGAAAGAGGAGUGCCGCGGACCAGAUGAGGAAGUCCUCGGUGCUGAGGAGGAGAUCUGCUGGACGCAGGAGCCUGUCCGCAGGGCGGAGGUGGGUCCGGGGCCGAAGGCGGAGGUGGUGGGUCCCCGGACUGAAGAUAGUGCAGCAAUCAGGGGCGGAGGUUCGGGGGUGGAGGAAGGAGGUCCCCGGGCCGGCGGAGCAGGGGAUUCAAGCAAGAAAAGAAGGCCGUGCCCGGCGAAGGGGGAGGAGGAGGCUGGGACGCGGGUUGCCAGUGUCAUACUUUCCUUUCUUUCACUUUUGGCAGGCCGUUGCGCAUGCGCUCGCGUACUCGGGGGGCGCAGCACGCACUUGCCCGUUGGCGUUGGCAUGCAAAACGUCGCAAACGCAAGGCGGGCGAGGGCGUCCACUAGAUGAUGAUGAUGAUCCAUUGGCAAUGGAUCUGGUAGCACGAGUGCGACACUUCUCUUGGGUGGAUAGCUGCGUCUUCACUGGAGAUCAUGUGAAUGCAGGGCUGCUUUCAGUUCACCUGUUCAUCAUAAGCCAGUCGUGGGACUCACGGCUCGGGCAUUUGCAGGAUGCCCAAGCGCAGCUGCAGCAAGCACUCGACUUGUUUCUAUUGCUUGAGCAACGGUCCUUGACAGGAGAAGGCGGUGGGGCUUUGCCGCACAGAGCCAGCACGGGCGCGCUACACGAGAAAAAAGACGGCAUGAUCGGUGGAAGUCUUUUUGACAUUAAGCAGACCGCCUCGGCGGUGUUACCUAGCGCAGCAACAUCGAAGCUCACAAACGACCAGCUACACGGUGGAGAAAAACACAAUUAUCCAUUCGUGCACGCCUCGAAGGGAAAGCUAUCAGUGGUAGGCGCGCCGCGGAGUCACCACAAUGCUGCAGGUUUGCACUUUCUGUCCUCACACAGGCACGCCGCUGGGAGUCACCUUCCCGUGCCAGACGACGGUUCGCCGACAGUUCGCCUGUCGCAAAGUAAAAAUGGUUUCAAGAAAGAAAAUCACAAAUCCGUGACUGGACCAACAGGAAUUUCAAGCAAUCCGUUGUUACAACUGCGCACGGUGGAUCUUCUAACUGGCAAAGAAGUGAGUGCACAAGAGAUUGAACGGUUUCUCCGACUAGUGCAGUUCCAGACCUUGGUAUGCGAAGUGAUUCCUCGUGAUCGGGCCCACCUAUUUGACACGACGCUUUGGGAUGGAGUCCACCAGAAGCGACAGAAAAUGUCGCAGUUGGCCUUACUGCAUCUUUCCAACGCCACGAUCUCCCGGAGAUGCGAGGUAGCCGAGAAGCUUCUGAUAUCGGCCCAUUUCCAACUUGCAGAACGCAUCAUGGAAUUUUUGCAACUCCCAGUGGUGGAAAUUUGCGUCCGUGCCAGUAACGAGCUCGCCACCACGGAAGCGCGCAAAGCGCGCUGUCAAGUGUCUCCGUUGCUCCGGUUUUUGGAGUCCGCAAAGAAGUGCCUCGAUCACCAAAAGUGGGACCAGCAGGAGUGGGAUAGCUUAGUGUCCAACAUGGUGAACAUCUGGAUUCACGAGCGAAAGCAGUUUCCCGACGCAGGAGCGGACGCCGAGAAGCUGAUUCGGUUUAUGAAAGACAAGCGCUGCAAGUUGGAUGCCUUCGUGCUGCUAGGGCAUUUGGAGAAUGCCUUUCAGAUCGCCCGCAAGUUGGGGUCCCUAGAAGAAAUUGUAUACUUGAAAAAGCAGGCCCAACAGCACAAAAACUACCAUCCGGACCUUUUGAAACAAAUCAACGCCUAUAUCACCUAUAAUGCGAGGUAGAGAACAAGAACGAGUACGAGAAAAUGUGUCGAGUAGUACUCAAAAACUUAAACUACAACUAGAUGAACAAGCAGGGUCACAUGGACGUGAAAAGAAUUGUGACAUGCGUUACCUUGUUGUUGUUCGAGUUCGCUACAGUCGCCAGUAUCGCCUUUCACAGUCGAAUUCAUAAUUUACCGCCCCGGUCAUUAAUCGGUGACUAGGAAUGUACGCUUCGCAACCGUAAUGAGGCUCAGGGUGUCAACCGCAGCUUGCUGAUACUCGGCAGAGGACAACAAGCGUAAACGAUAAACAACAUCAUGAACGAUUUAUUAUCAAUGUCUAUCUGCCAUCGCGAGAUCAUCAGCGUGUGACCCGGAGCAGACUCUGUCUGCGUUCACUCGUUCAUCUGGG